AUGUCGCAAGACCAUAGACAACUUACAUCAGAUAUUGUCUCUCACUGCAUCAGGGAUCUGGUUAACACCAACCCAUCAAUAAAGGUAAAGCUCAUAAUCUCUCAUAUUACAGGAAAGUAUGGUUAUAAUAUAUCGUACAGGAAAGCGUGGAUUGCAAAGGCUUUUCAACCAUGCAUCCAUGGUUUUGCUUAUUGCAAGCCAAUUGUUCAAGUCGGCGGAACAUGGUUGUAUGGAAGGUACAGAGGGACCUUGUUGAUGGAUGUGGCGCAGGAUGGGAAUGGUAACAUUUUUCCAAUUGCUUUCGCUAUUGUCGAGGGUGAAACCAAGGAUGCUUGGAGUUUUUUCCUUCGCAAUCUAAGAAACCACGUGACACCCCAACCCAAUCUAUGCCUAAUAUCAGACAUACAUCCAUCGAUUAAAAGUUCCUAUGAUGAUCCUGCAAAUGGAUGGCAAAAUCCUCCAUCUUCACAUGUCUACUGCAUUAGGAUAUGCAUUGACGGAGUCAACGUACAAUACUAUAGAACCGAAAUUCGUCAGACAUAUAAAGAUGCUUUGGAGUGGAUUGAAAAUAUCCCCAGGGAGAAGUGGGCAAGGGCCUUUGAUAAAGGGCAACAAUGGGGACACAUGACGACUAUCCUUGCAGAAGCAAUGAACUCUGUGCUAAAGGCAACCAAAAACCUUCCAGUAGCUUCUUUGGUAUCAGCCAUAUAUUUUCGGAUGGGAGCAUUAUUUGGUCAACGUGGACAUGAAUGGACAAAGAGGUUGACAUCAGGCCAAACUUUUUCAGACAAGUGUAUCAAGGGGAUGGCUGAAGAAGUCAACAAAGCAAGCAGUCAUAAUGUUUAUCAGUUUGACCGGGAGAGAUUCUAUUUUAUGGUGGCCGAAAGAAUAAACCGCAACGAUGGUCGAUCAACUAGUACUUACGGUGUUGAUCUACGAAAAAGAACCUGUGAUUGCGGAAAAUUUCAAGCGUUUCAUUUGCCUUGCUCACAUGUGAUUGCAGCAUGUGAAAGUAUAAGCCAAGACUACACCAUUCACAUACCCGACAUGUUCAAGAUUCAGCAUGUUUUUAAAGUCUACCAACAAAGCUUCCAGAUCCUCCCACAUCAAGACAAUUGGCCGCAAUAUAGAGGAGCUACUCUUUGUCAUGACGAAACUAUGCGUAGGAAAAAAAGAGGUCGCCCAAAUAGUACUCGGAUUAGAACCGAAAUGGACGACGUGGAAAAGGAAAAGAGAAUGUGUGGGAUAUGCCGUGAAGUAGGCCAUAUCCGAAGUAAAUGUCCAAAUGUAGCAGGCCCGUCUAAUAGGUCUUAA